UUUGCUGCUGCUACUGUUUCUGUUGUGCGAUGGGAAAUGGGAAAUGGGAAAUGGGGAGAGAGAGAGAGAGACUCCGGACGAGCUGCCAGAACGCGGGGAAUUGUGAGAAUGCUUCGAUGGAUUUGGAGCUCAACGCUUCGAAGCGUAGAAGGGGAUAGACAAACGAGCUGCGGAUUAUCCUCAUCCCUUCCUAUUCAUCCUUUUGUCAAAGUGUGUCGCAAUUCCCCCCUCCCCUCCCCCGAGCGAUGGAAGCAGACGCGAUCGACCAUACAUUUCCGCAAAUUCGCUGCGUCCCAUCGCGUCAAUGCGACUGUAUUACAUCCACACUUUUGGUCCUCCACAUUCACCAAUUCCCCCCCCCCGCUGCUUUGCCCCUAUUUACAAUGCCUCUUCAAUCGUUUGCUUUGGGUCUGGCUCGGGUUGAGAUGC